CAAAGGGCAAGCUCCUUGCAACAUCAGAGCACGGAUUCGGAAAACAGUUUGGUGCAUUACUUCUCCGGGAAACGAGGCAGGCUUAACAACGGAACUGCGCUCCCCAAGGGUCUCUCCAAGAUUUCUGGGCAGCUUGAAGUCUCCGCCUGCAACUCAGUACUGAUCUGGCCAGACGACGGGUCCUCGGAGGGCACAAACUGCCCCCUCUCCUAGUGAGGGAGGUUAAAUUCUGCGGUGCGGAAGUGACUGAAAUCAAUUCCCAUUCCACACUGAGAGCUAGGCCUCCGACAACUAUGGCAGGGCAGCAGGGGCGAGAGAGCCGCACAACCCUGGCCCGCGCCCAGGCUCAUUUCCAGAAGGGCGAAUACGCGGAGGCCGAGACGCUGUACUCCGCUUACAUUCGCCAGUGCGCCUGUGCAGCUGCUGCCGGAGCACCUCCCGGGAGCGAAUGCAGCCCUGAGGACUUGGCUACUGCCUAUAACAACCGGGGACAAAUCAAGUACUUCAGGGUCGACUUUGACGAAGCCGUGGACGACUACACGUCCGCCAUAGAAGUCCAGCCCAGUUUUGAAGUGCCGUACUACAACAGAGGGCUGAUACUGUAUAGGCUGGGGUACUUUGAUGAUGCUUUGGAAGAUUUCAAGAAAGUAUUAGACUUAAAUCCCGGAUUUCAAGAUGCUAUUUUGAGCUUAAAACAGACUAUGCUAGACAAAGAAGAAAAACAAAGAAGAAAUUAUUGAAAACUUUAACUUUGAAACAUUAAUCCAUGGUCCUUAUAUGUGGCAUCUCACUGUCUCUAAUUUAAAGUCGGUAUUGAGCUAUUUUGAUUAUGUUUAAGAUAAAGAGGUUCAUACAUUAGCACUGAAGGUUGAAUAAUUGAUUGAAGGUAAUUUUAGACUUAGUAUUUAUAUGAAAUAGGUGUGCUUUUGAUAAAGUAUAAAUAAGUAAUCAUGUAUAAUUGUAUAUCAUUACAGUAAAAAUGUGUGGUAUUUUAAUAAAACA